AUGCCUCAAAACGAAUAUAUCGAACAACACAUUAAGCAACAUGGUCGUAGACUCGACUAUGAAGAGCGAAAGCGAAAGAAGGAGGCCCGUGAGGGUCACCGAGUCGCUAAAGAUGCUCAGAAAUUGAAGGGUUUCAAGGCUAAGAUGUUUGCCAAGAAGAGAUACGCUGAAAAGGUUGAGAUGAAGAAGAAGAUCAAACAGCAUGAAGAAUCAAAGGUUAAAGGACCAUCUAAGCCAUCCAACGAUCCUAAUGAAGCUCUUCCCACAUAUUUGUUGGACCGUCAGACUCCUAAUACUGCAAAGGCUCUUUCUACUUCCAUUAAGCAAAAGAGAUUGGAGAAGGCUGAUAAGUUCUCUGUCCCAUUACCAAAGGUCAGAGGUAUUUCUGAAGAAGAGAUGUUUAAGGUUAUCAAGACCGGUAAGCGUCAACACAAGGCAUGGAAGCGAAUGAUCACUAAGCACACAUUUGUUGGAGAAGGUUUCACUAGAAGGCCCGUCAAGUUAGAAAGAAUUAUCAGACCAUCUGCUCUGCGUCAAAAGAAGGCUAAUGUUACACACCCCGAGCUCGGUGUCACUGUAUCAUUGCCAAUCCUCUCAGUUAAGAAGAACCCACAAAGUCCCAUGUACACUCAAUUGGGUGUUCUUACAAAGGGUACUGUGAUAGAAGUAAACGUCAGUGAAUUGGGUUUGGUAACUGCUGGUGGUAAAGUCGUCUGGGGUAAAUAUGCACAAAUCACCAAUGAGCCUGACAGAGAUGGCUGUGUCAAUGCUAUUCUGUUGGUGUAA